GGUAUACACGCUACGAUUGGCUGACGCAGAUGUCGGACGAUCAUUUGUAAUUUUUUCUCUCCCUUUUCUUUAUCUCAGUUUAGACCAUUGCUUUUGACACUUUGUGCGUAUUUAUGCCACUAUUGGCAAUUAAUUUGUUAAAAUAAAUUGUAGAAACGAAAAAUAAAUAAACAAAGGAAACAAAAUGACGGACCCGGGAGGCUGGGCUCCGGUCCAUGACAGUGAAUUCACUAAUUUUGCCGCGAGCGACAGUUUUAAUCUAAAUGAAGUGACUGGUAUCGAUGAUUUAUUGAAGAACUGUGAAACAGAAUUGAUGAAAACAGAGAAUCUGUUCAGCGAUGACACUCUUCUAUCGGAUUUGGAUGAGCCUAUACCCAUGGAUGGAGAUUCCUUUGAUUUUUUGACCAUGUCACCGAAUAGUGACUUUGACACAUCCCAUUUGAUGGAACCAGUGCAAAAUCCCAAUGAUAUUAUGAUGCAGCCCACUACGACUCAACAAACGAUAAAUCAUACACCACAAGAAAUUAAAAGUUCCCCUCAAAACCCAACUCCAAAUGCUCCACAAAGAAUUGCAGUUGCUCCUGUUUCUCCGACAGUUUUUGGCUCGCAGUACACAGUCCCAAGAACUAUGAACUUCAAUAUUCAAUCACCAGUUGUAACACUGGCCCCUCUUACUGCUCAGCAAGGCCAAAUCAUUUUACCUGCUAAAUUAAUCAAGUCUGAGUCUAUAGUUUACUCACGUGGCUCUCAAGCUAUUAACUCCACUCCAGUACCUCAUCAGAUACACACACUCGUCAAUACUUCCAACGGAACUGUCUUGACAACUGGAAUUCCUGUAGUACUGGAGACCGACAAAGUGCAGAUAAAUCGUAUAAGCACAAACGCUCACGUUGGUGUGCCGAAAGUUCGAGAGGUCAAGCGAAGCGCUCAUAACGCAAUUGAGAGGCGGUACAGAACUUCGAUAAAUGACAAAAUAAUCGAACUAAAGAACAUUAUAGUGGGAGUGGAUGCUAAACUCAAUAAAUCAGCUAUACUUCGUAAAACCAUAGAUUACGUAAGAUUCUUGCAAAACUCGAACGCCAAAUUAAAAGCUGAGAACAUGUCAUUGAAAAUGACGGCACAACGGCAAAAUUUGCGAGAUUUGUUAUCCUGUGGUGAAUUAACUCCACCACGCUCGGACAUCAGUGAACCUUCGUUGUCACCAGCUCCAGCACCUCUUUCACCUGCUUCACCAAUAUCGAUAAAAGACGAGCCAGUUUCCGAUCUCGUUCAUAGUCCUCAUCGCACAGCUGCGGCUGCUACCGGCGGAUUGCGUGAUCACACAAGGCUCACACUGUGCGGCAUAAUGUUUAUGUUUCUUGCAUUCAAUCCGCUCGGCAUAUUGAUCAACAACAUGGGAAAGUUUAGUCACGAUUAUGGAAAUACGCGACUCGAGGGCAGAACCAUACUUGAUUUUCCAGAGCCCGCAGAAUCGGAUUCCCGGAUUUGGAGUAGCGCGAUACUGUGGUUAACAAAUGCGAUACUGUUGGCGGGUGGUUUGUGUCGUCUGUUAUUAUAUGGAGAUCCAAUAAUACAUUCUGCGAGCAAAGCUUUUUUGGAGCUCCGUCGUUGGAGACGUCAGGCUGAAUUCAAUAUGUCACUGAACGAAUACGAGAAAGCUUACGCUGAUCUUCGGCACUGUCUUCGUUAUUUCGACCGUACAUUGCCGAUAUCACGAGCGGAAAUAGCUAUGGCUACGUUAUGGCAAAUAGUGAGACAAAUAUUACACAAAUUGUGGAUCGGGCGUUGGGUAUUGCACGUUGGUAAAUGGCUCACUGAAAAAUCGGAACGCGGACAAAUGGAAACAUCAGCAAUGGAACUUUCACUCGUUUACGAAAGAAUUUUAAGUCUACGAUUGUCUGAAGGUUCAACCGAUGCUACUCUUUUUCUCGCUCUUUCUUCUGUCAAUUAUGCCGAAGCUGCGUUGGACGUUAUGCCGAAACAUUGCCUCGUCGAAAUUUACGUGAAUGCUGCUCUGUGCUUCAAACAAUCACUUUUUCCCUUCAUCCACAAAUAUUAUCUUGGCAAAGCGAGAUCAAUUUUGUCAACGUGCGUUAUGCCCUCCAGGCUCAAAUGGAUUAUGACCGAAGAAGGCGCUCGUUUUAUUACCUCACAAAAAUGGCAAUACGGAAAUCGCGAAUCCAGCGAAUUCACCUCACAGAAGAGCAAAACAGAUCCACUCUCUUACGCGGCCAGAGCCUAUCGUGAACAUCUGAUCGGGCAGUGUUUAAGAUUACUUACCGGUACCGUUGGCGAUUCACAUGCAUCGGCAACUCUUGAACUGGCAAAAACUAUCGUCUCCACCGCUGACGUCGAGACUCGCUUUUCCGGUGAUGAUGCCAUCAACACGGACAAUUGCGAAGAUGAAAUUGGUGUAUGGUGGGGUGCGGUGAUGUGCGUUGCUGCAAGCUGGAGACUUGGUGAAAGCGAUCCGUCAUCAUGGACAAUCGUGGAAUCACGUUUUCCCUAUGACAAAAAUCAGCAAUGCGGAAGUACAGGAAAUUGUUAUCCAUUACCCCACGCCGUACUGUCGGUACUUCAAGCAGCACAAAGUCCAACUUGCAGAGGUUCGAUGCGUUUAAUCGAACAAGCUGGCACAUUUCUCGAAAAUUCUAUGGUUUAUUCCAACUGUAAACAACAAUCCUCUUACAAUGUUCAACUCGCUCAACUUUGGGUGUGUGAUUGGCUGUUGGAACUUCGCACGACUAUGUGGCAGGACAUUGGCGGAGAGGAUGUGAAAUCAACACCCAGUUCAUUUUUGGUUGGAUUCCAACGAGAUCUUGCCCGACUUCGACAACUGUGUCAACACAUUCCGUCUGUGAUGCAACGAGUGUUCCUUUACGAAGCUACAGCUCGUAUCAUGGCAGGAGCUGCGCCGGUCAAGACACAAAUACUCUUGGAUCGAAGUCUUCAUCAUCGAAAUUCCCGUACCUCGUUGAUAUGUGGCAAAGAUCGAUCGCAGGAACACGGUAACGGUGAACGCGAACACGCUGCUGCCUUGUGCCUGGCUUGUCGUCACUUACCGACGGUAUUGCUAACAUCACCUGGUGAACGUGCUGGCAUGCUCGCCGAAGCAGCUAAAACUCUCGAGAGGAUCGGGGAUAGAAAACGCCUUCAGGAAUGCUACGAACUCAUGCGACAAUUGAGCCCCGCCAUUUCAGUUAAUUGAGUUUAGACUAUGUUUUUCUGUGCUCAUCCCCUGGAGUCUGUACUCUCAACUAUAACAUAAUCCCAUUGUACAUAGACACUUCAUCCCGUAGAAAAAAAAGAUAAACCGAUUAACAAUCAGGGUCGAGUUUAGUGUACUUGAAUGAAUUCGGCACAUGUUUUUUUUUCGUUUCUUUAGUAUUAGUUUCAGUUAUUAUUAAUAUAAUUUAUAUUUUGUAUCAAGAUGAUGUGAAGAAUCUUAUCUGAUCUUAUGUAACUUGAACGAAACCUUGAAAAUAUUGUCUAAAUAUUACCAUA